AUGCAGCCGGCCGGGGGCGGGGCUCCGAGGCCGGGUCGCGGUGACGGGCUCCCGGGCUGCCUACACCAGCUGGACCCCGCCAGCCCCCUGAUGCUGCUUGUGGACGGCGACCGGCCGGAGCCCAUGCGCAGCGGGGCUCGCGAGCUUGCGCUCGUCCUGACCCCCGAGCCCGGGGCCGAGGCGAAGGAGGUGGAGGAGACCAUCGAGGGGAUGCUCCUGCGGCUGGAGGAGUUCUGCAGCCUGGCCGACAUGGUGAGUGCCGCCGGCCGGAGCCGUGGUUUCCGCAGGCCACACGCCAGGCCCUGCCUGAGUUUUCUGGGGAAGCCAUUUGGGUGGAGAUUCAGCAACCAGCAGGAGUGGGGCCUCGGCCAGCGGUGA